AUGGCCACCGACAUACGCGCUGCAGCAAAGACAUUCUUCUCGGCCAAGCAAUUCGCAGUUGCCGGUGCAUCCUCGAACACUGCAAAGUUUGGCUACAAGAUCUUCGUCUGGUACUUGGACCAUGGCCUGACAGCAAUUCCGCUGAAUCCCACAGCAUCCAGUGUCGCGGUCGGCCAAGAAGAGUUCGAUACUGUCGCUUCUCCCUCAAAGCUUACGGACCCUACCAACACCAGCCUGUCUAUCAUUACUCCGCCUGCGGUCACUGCGAAGCUCCUAGAAGAAGCCAAGGCCGUCGGAAUCAAGGCCGUGUGGCUGCAACCAGGCACUUACACUGAUAAAGAGCUCGACUAUGCUGUGAAGGAAUUCCCGGGUGCCGCAGUUGGCGGGUUUGCUGAUGGCACUGUGGGCGGCGAGGGCUGGUGCGUUCUGGUAGACGGCGACGAGGCAAUUGAGGCUGCCAGCAAGAACGGCAAGCUAUGA